GUUUAAUAUUGGGUAAAGGAGUUUUAAUAAUUAAACAGGUGUGUUUCCAGGAGAAAAUGUCAUGGCCAAAUCUGAUGGCGAUUUUACUGCUAGGGCUGAACAAUACCUUGAAUCUGUGUUUGAUGCAGUGAAAUGCAAGGAUGGUGAUCAGGUCUUACUUGGUCGUCUCUUACACAGCUGUCUGAGACAAUGUCUGGCUGUUCCUCCUGCAGCCACCACUGUCAGAAUCAACACACUCAAGUACCACAUAGAGGAUGCUCAGCCCUACCUUUCAAUUUGUGGGAAAGGAUCUGCAUCAAGCAACCUUUUGUUUCAUCCGGACAUACCUGACAUGGUAUCAAUUCUAAACGAAGGACCAAGGACUGAUCUUGUCCACCAGAAGAAAAAGAUCAUCGUAGGAUUCCAGUGUGGUAACUCAGUGCUACGGGGAGCAGAUGUGUAUGUUCCUGGAGUCUCAGGAGCUCCUAAAAGUCUCGUAAAAGGUGACCAUGUUUCAGUGUACUCUGAUGUUGACAAGAAGUGUUUGAAGGGCACAGCUGGAGAAUUUACUGGCACAACAAUGUUUGUUGGCAAUGGUACGGCUCAGAUGAGUCGUGAACAUUUAUUUGGGAUGAGCAAAUGUGAAAAAGGUUGUGCUGUAAAAAUGAUUGAUAGCCUUUAUUCAACACCAUCAAUUACCGAGUGUGAACACAAGGACAUGUUGUUCUUGCAAAACUUGCCUUCGGUUGUGGUUUCUCAUGUUUUGGACCCUCAGCCCGGUGACAGAGUGUUGGACAUGUGUGCUGCUCCAGGAGGUAAAACUGUUCAUAUAGCUACAUUGAUGAAGGACAAGGGAAUUCUGAUUGCCCUAGACAAGUCAACAGUCAAAAUAGACAAGAUCCAACAGAAUUUGGACAAAUUUCAUAUUUCCUGUGCUCGCUGCUUUAAAUUUGAUGCAACAAAAAGUCUCUCAGAAACAAAAGAUGCAAGAGCUGAACCGCCGUUUCCAUCUGAAAGUUUCGACAGGAUACUGCUAGAUGCGCCUUGCAGUGCUCUUGGGCAGAGGCCUCAGUUCACUCUCAGUCAGAGUACAAGAGAUCUGCAGUCAUAUCCUCACUAUCAGCGGAUGAUGCUAAAACAGGCUAUUGGGUUGCUCACGACUGGAGGUGUGCUUGUUUACAGCACUUGUACUUACUCACCAGAGGAAAACGAGAGUCAAGUUCAGUGGGUCCUUCAGGAAUACAACAACAUGCACCUUGUUGAACAGCAUCCGUUUGUGGGAUACAGUGGAUUGCCAGGAUUUGGCUUGGAAGAAAGAGACCUGAAAAAAGUGCAAAGAUUUUGGCCUGAUCAAUUUGUGGAUACUCUGGACAAACACGUUGCCAUUAGCAUUCCCCAGAACAGGACAGUUUUGUUGGAUACAAUCAGUUUCUUCAUUGCGAAGUUUCAAAAAAAGUAAUGCUUUAUAAACGUGACAAUAUUUUUUUUUCAAAAACCCUGAUCCUAAUAUUGACUUUUUGAAGGUGCUACAGAUACAACACCGAACCUUAGUCCAGAUAUGUAAUUAAUGAUGUAUCUUCAUGUAAGGUGUGAUUACCAGAAUUCCUAUUAGUAAACUUAUAAUUAUGUUACGAGUGAAAACACUAUUGAAUUUCUAAUCUAUUCA